GCGUGGUGACGUCUUAAACAAAAGAACUAAAUUACAACAGUGCAAGUGCCUUAAAAAACAGUUAAAAUGCUAAAACGCUUGUGCGUGGCAACUGCGUCGAUCUUCAUCUGUCUCGUCUACAUCACCUCAGCCGCCUCAGAUGGCUCCGUGACCCAGCAAUGCCUCUCGUGCAUAUGCGAGGCGAUUUCCGGAUGCAACGUCACGAGCGGGUGCUCGGGCAACGUGUGCGGCGCCUUUAGGCUCUCGUGGGGCUACUGGGCCGACGCUGGGAAGCCCACUUUGGAGGACGACGAUCCAGAGAAGGCGGAAGCCUUCAAGAACUGCGCUCUGGACGCGAAUUGCGCCAGCACCGCGGUGCAAGGGUACGUGAACAGGUUCUCGCAGGAUUGCAACGGAGACGGCAAAGUCGACUGCGAUGAUUUCGCUCUGCUGCACAUCGUAGGCGGCUAUGGAUGCGUCGGUGCGACGUUGCCGGAUGCGCACGGCAAAAGGUACAAGCAGUGCAAGGAGAUUUUGGGAAAGGUUUAAAGUUUUGUGUGAUAUUUUUUAAAUAAAUGUUUUGUAA